AUGUUCGCGUCAAAAGUUGAUCACUUGCUGCAGAUUAUAGCGUCUCGAGGGGCAUGUGUGUCAAAUCUAGGGACUUCAUUACUGCCAAUCAAUAAUAUAGUGGCGUUCUCAGGAGGUAUUGAUUCGUCAUUAGCAGCUGCAUUGGUGUAUCAAGUAUUCCCCAACACAAGCGCGGCGUGUAUUGGAAAAUCUGCAGCCUUGUCUUCUGUGCAAUUGCACCAAGCUCGGGCUAUUGCUUCUCAUAUUGGUAUUCCGCUGUGGGAAUGUCAUACAGAUGAAGCCAAUGUGGAGGGCUAUGUCGCUAAUAAGGGCAAAAGUUGUUACUACUGCAAGACAACACUGUACUCGAGGCUUAAUCAAGUGACAGAGUUUGCAUGGAAGGAAAUGAGAGACCAAGUUGGUGAACAAAGUGAUACUAUCAAACCAGUAUUGUAUAAUGGUACAAAUGCUGAUGAUCAAUUAGAUCCGACCCGAGUGGGAUUAAUGGCAGCAUUGGAAUUUCAAGUGGUAAGCCCGUUAAGUGAGCUAACAAAAAAGGAGGUGCGAGAUGUAGCGAAGUACAUGGGAUUGCCAAAUUGGAAUGCUGCGGCGUCACCAUGUUUGAGAUCGAGACUACAGUUUGGAGUCGAGGCAACUCAGCAACAUUUGCAUCGAGUGGAAAAAGCAGAAGAUUUCAUACGUCAUUUGAUUCAUCUCGAGCGGCAAAUGAGCAUGCGAGUGCGCUUUCUUGCAGGCAACAAGGCUGCGGUUGAACUUGAGAAUGAAGCGUUGGAACAGGCAAUUUCUCACUUUGACCUCAUUGACGCUGAACUGCGACGACUUGGAUUCAGCGCAGUUGACAUUCGUGCCUUUCGCUCCGGCAGUCUAAGUGGCUAUAACGCGAGUGCUGUAGUAGAGCACACACCCGCAGCUACUCUAGCGCGUCAUGUUCACGUCGAAUAA